AUACCGAUAGGAAGAAAGGAAUUGAUAGCGAUACAUGGGAUCAGGGGGAUGCGAAAAAAAAAAGAUAAAAUAAAAAUAACCAUAAGAUAGCUACCGAAGGAUCAUUGAUAUAUUAACUGAGCGCCCAUGAUGGCAGUUAGGAGUUAUGAGGGGUGCCUGAGGGGAGGAUCCGAGGCUGUCCCCAAGUAAAUAUAGCAAGUACGGGAUUAUCCAUGCUCUCAUUAUUGUUGACGGUGACAAUGCUCAACGCUCAGGCCGUUAACUAUGGAGCUUCCGACACUUCCCCGAGUCGUCAACCAUGGAUCCAGUUGGGUCGGUGGACGGCAGUCCCGACGAGUCCAGCUGUCCAGGCGAUCCAUCAUGAACAUUCUGGACUCUUUGCCCUCUGCAGGGACUGUCAACGACGAAAGAGAGGGGCCCGACAAUCUCAUUGUCCAGGAUAUCCCUACCAGGGGAAAUCCACCGCGAGGCCGAAGGAAGGAGAAAGAGUGACAGCUGGCCGCGGCCGAUUUGUCCGUCGGCCCCGCGGGAUUGGCCGCCCAGCCUUUCCCGGUUUAGUCCAUGACAGCCACUGAAUUGCCCUAUUCAGGGUUUGGGGCUUCGCUUAGGGUUACUUUCAUCUGUACUAGAUAUAUACGAGUACGG